UGAAAGGUAAUGUUAUGCUGUUUUUGUAAGCCAGAAUUUUGAAUAAUCUUAUGUAUGUUAUAGAAACUGGCAAUGCAUCAGGGCUGUUGUCAAUGAGGAUUGCCUUAAUUUUAUUCUAAGAGAUAAAGGUCUGCUGUAAAUUGUUAAGCCCGCAAUGCUAAGAAGAGAAGAUGGCUGGACGAAGUCUCGUGCCAAUAUUCCAAGAUUGUACAUCAUUUCAUAGAUUAAAUGGAACCUUCAGAUAUGCAGUACGAACGAGACUUUUCAGUAACGGAACGAUCCCUCCACUUAACGAGCCUUUACCCAAUCUGCCAGCCCCUGGCAUGGUUGGGAGAGCAGACUGGCAAAACCGGCACGAUCACGUAACACACGUUACUACUCUGGAAAAUGGCAUCAGAGUUGCAUCAGAAGACUCUUUUGGACAAUUUUCCACAGUAGGUGUUGUUAUUGAUGCAGGUUCAAGAUAUGAGGUUGAUUACCCUGCUGGUUUAUCACACUUGUUGGAGAAACUGGCUUUUCAGAGCACAGUGGAAUUUCAGAAUAAUGAUGAUUUCACACAAGAGUUAGAGAAGUUUGGAGGCAUGGCAGACUGCUCCUCAUUCAGGGAUGCCAUUAUUUAUGGAGCAUCUUGCUUUACAAGUGGCCUGCCCACAGUAAUGAAAGUUCUUUCUGAGGGUGUACUUCAGCCCAGACUUACAGACCAAGAGAUUGAAGAGCAAAAGAUGGUAGUCCAAUUUGAACUUGAGAACAUAGAAAUGAGACCUGAUCCAGAACCUGUCCUCACAGACAUGAUUCACGCUGCAGCCUUCCGUGAUAACACACUAGGCCUACCUAAGUUGUGUCCACCAGAGAACAUAGGAAAGUUCAACUCUUCAAUUUUGCAAGACUACUUAAGAACAUACUAUCAGCCAUCCAGAAUGGUUAUUGCAGGAGUUAAUGUGGACCACCAACAUCUAAUAGACUCGACAAAUGAAUACUUCUUUAAGAAACCACCUGUGUGGCAUAAAGGAGGAGAGAAAUCUGCAAGUCCUGACCGAUCUAUUGCUCAGUACACUGGAGGCUUUAUUAAGGACCACAGAGCUGAACCCAGGAUAAAUCCUGGCCCCACCCCUCUGCCAGAACUAGCCCACCUCUCCAUUGGAUUGGAAACAUGUCACUAUGAUGACCCUGACUUCUUUGCAUUCACUGUUCUGAACACCAUGAUGGGUGGAGGAGGAUCAUUUUCAGCAGGAGGUCCUGGCAAGGGCAUGUACUCUCGCCUUUACUUGAAUGUCCUAAACAGAUAUCACUGGAUUUAUGCUGCCACAGCAUACCACCACAGCUAUGCAGACAGUGGUUUAUUUUGUAUCCAUGGAAGUUCUCACCCUAGUCAGUUGCGGGACCUCACUCAGGUGCUUGUCAAGGAAUACUUUAAUCUCGUCAGUGGUUCUGUGAAUGAGGUUGAAGUAGCGAGAGCCAAGAAGCAACUCCAGUCUAUGUUGAUGAUGAAUCUAGAAUCAAGAGUUAUUGUAUUUGAAGAUAUAGGAAGACAAGUUCUCGGACUUAAUAAAAGGAAGUCUGCUCAAGAAUUAUUUCAAAGCAUUGAAAACGUUUCAGUCGACGAUAUUAAGCGCGUUAGUUCCCGGAUGCUAGCGACUAAACCUUCCGUCGCUGCACUUGGUAACCUGGCCAAUCUUCCUAAAUUCGAAGACAUUAAACGUGCCUUUACAAACGGCGGCCAUUUCAGCGGAGCGUCACGCUUCUUCCGGUUUAGGAACUAAUGGUGUCAUCACUUCGUUCAGAUUAUGACCUCAACUCUCUACAUUCUUCGACCACUCAACAAUCCGUAAAUAUUUUGAGGCGGUUUCAAGCACAUAGAAGGAAAUAUUUCAGCCUCCUUCAGAGUUGCGCAGACUGAAUAGCAAAUAGAAUGGAAAAGAACUUCUUUUUACCCUACUCUAUGCCAGUAUCAGCACACAGUCUUAUCGUUGUGUCGCUUUAUUGUAAUGAAUUUAUUUGAUAAAGCAUUAACUAUUUCUGCUCGCGCGCCAUUGGUCUAAAGGCUCGGAAAUAUCCGGUGAUGUUCCGCAAUUUCACACCUUAAGAUUAAAUUCUAGACCCAAAACUGUCAUUUUUAUCAUAUUAUUAUAAUUUUUUAUGUCUUUGUUAUUAUUAUUAUUGUUAUUAUUAUUGUCACAAAGAAGAGACAGACUUCUUAUUUCACAGAGUCGUUUACAGUAAAAGUUUUUCUAGUGAGCUGCCUGUAAGUACUUUGUGCCAAGCGCUGCAAAAAAUUUUGCCUCCAUUUGGUAGGAGAUUAUUAUCUCGCCAAACAGAGGCUUUUGUUGACAUGAAGUAUGAUGUGUAACAUACCACCCAUAGUACUGCCCUCACUUGCCCCAUUUAUGAUACAACAUCGUGCCAUGAAGAGUUUUUAUUCGGGUUUGUUGGAACCCGAAACAAUGUAUAGUCAAUUGCCAACACAACAAAUGAGAGAGUGAAAAUUUAAGGGAAAACUAACGAUAUCAGCUAAGAUUGCAUUUUUACACCUGACUGAUUGACUGUGGGAAACCUGUUGUUGUAGACCAGUCAGAGAGCGUUGCAACCAUUCACGCUGAACGAAGUUUAUGUAACUUACGGUCAAACAAAGAAGGAGAUGUACGUCUCCAACUUUUAUGGCUUCGUAGUUUAUGAAUUGUGUUUCGAUAUGAAGAUGUUAGUGUACUGGUCUCGAUCGCUGGAAGGGUGGACUACGCUAUCCACUGAGUAAAUAUCCACUCGGUGGAAAGCGAAAUAAGUUUUGUUAACACUUAUCCGCUGGACAGCGUUAUCAGCCCUUUGAUCAACUGGACCUUGGUAUAUUUUAUCUAAAGGUAAAGCGGUCUAACGUUGUCCUUUUUGUUCUUCAACUUCAAAAUGUCCAAAUGUAUGUUUGACAUAGUGUUUGUACAAGAUUUUUCAGUCGAUGGUCCUCUUAAUAAAUCUUUAUUUCUGUG